GACACCGCGGGAUGGCGCAGACGGCCAUGUCCGAGACCUACGAUUUCUUGUUUAAGUUCUUGGUUAUCGGAAAUGCAGGAACUGGCAAAUCUUGCUUACUUCACCAAUUUAUUGAAAAAAAGUUCAAAGAUGAUUCAAAUCAUACAAUAGGAGUGGAAUUUGGUUCAAAGAUAAUAAAUGUUGGUGGUAAAUAUGUAAAGUUACAAAUAUGGGACACAGCAGGACAAGAACGAUUCAGGUCUGUGACAAGAAGCUACUACAGAGGAGCAGCCGGGGCACUCCUGGUCUACGACAUCACCAGCCGAGAAACCUACAAUGCGCUUACUAAUUGGUUAACAGAUGCCAGAAUGCUGGCCAGCCAGAGCAUCGUGAUUAUCCUGUGCGGGAACAAGAAGGACCUGGACGGGGACCGGGAAGUCACCUUCCUCGAAGCCUCCAGGUUCGCACAGGAGAAUGAGCUGAUGUUCCUAGAAACCAGCGCACUGACAGGAGAGAACGUAGAAGAAGCUUUUAUGCAAUGUGCAAGAAAAAUACUUAACAAAAUUGAAUCAGUUUCUACCAUGGUAUCAGGGCAUAGCUGCUGGAACGUGAAGAAUCUGAUGUUUUUCCUGCCAUCUUUUUCUACUCUGUGCAGUAGAUCAUUAUGAGGAAACAGCAAUGCCCACUGGAGGAUGGCCCAGCCUCCGUGUAAUAACUCUGACUCGAUGGACAGUAUCAUCAAAUGUGUACAUGUGUGUGGAAACUCAGUGGACAAUUCUACUAAACAUGUUCAUGUAUGUAACCUAUAUGUAGAACUCUGGCUGCACCUUCCCUCCCACCUGACAUUUCCGUUGUAGCUCUGUUCCAAACACAUCUUGCACAUUUCCAAGGCAUGUAUCUGAUAUAUGAUAGGAUAGAAAAUUGCACUAAAUGUUUAAUUUUUUAAUCACAGGAACUGAAAUUGGUGAGUGUGAGGUGUGUUUUUUUUCUCAUCGUGUUGGUUAUAUUUAUGACCUGAUAGGUAAGGACUCUGGCACCACUAAUCAGUGCACUACUUACUUAAUUCUGCUUAUCCCAUUCUACACUGUUGGUGUGUUCCACACUCAAAACGCCAGAUCAGUAGUCACUGGCUAGCAUCCAAAAUGCAAUGGAAAGUGGGUUUCCUGUGAACUGUCUUAUAAGCCAGCUGUAAGGAGACCGCAGAUCCUGUGUUGCACUGUGUCCUCCUUAUCCUGUAACCAAUAAACAAAUGUUGCUGGACGCCAGACCUCAGUGCCUGCGAUCAGUGAUGCCCACCUCGGAGAAACAGAGACGGAAGUGGUUUGGUUUUGGACAAUUCGUGGAAAAUGUAUGAAUACAUCCUACAAAUAUUACAUUUUCAAAAACCUCUUAAUGUCUCCUUUAGGAGAACUAAUUUUCUAGGAAAAGGUUAUAAAGGUCAUUUAGACUUGAGAUUAUAGUUUUUCUAGACCCACACAUGUGAAAAUGAGAACAUCAUAGUUUGGGAUCUACACUGAGUUGGUUGAAAACACAGCUUGCAGCUUCUUGAAGAGUUUUUGGGAU